AUGUCGACCUGGGACGCCUCACUGAAAAGCCUCAAAGACAAGGCCCCUGCUGCUGCUGAAGCCGCCGCCACUUCGAGCCUAGACGAGCGAGUCGCAGCCGCCGACAAGGAAUUUGCAUCCUCCGUCGUCCCCCUGCUCCUCUGGGCAGACGGCUCCAUUAUUUACGUCACCACCAACAACCAGCAAGGCCAGGGCCUGUGUGGCAAGGCGGGUGAUGCCGCUUUCAAGGGCUUCCAGACCGGCUGGCUCUACGGCACCUACACGCUCGUGGUCACCUCCACCACCGCGCAGUUGUUGAACGCCAACGGCCUCGUUGUCUACAACGGCAUUGGAUACGCGUCGCCAACCAUUCGCGGCAGCUGGCAAGUCAGUUUCUAA